CUCGGUCGCUCUACCGCGAGCGUUGGAUGCGAAAGGCGAUAGAUUUGCUGAUGUUACUGCAUAUGUGUAGGCCGUUAUUCGUAAUGGAUUUGAGUGUGGCGUUGCUGUUCCGUUGUAGAAAGGAGAAAAGAAUCAAAUAAUUUAGAUAUUGUGGAAAAUUUGUCGACGCCGAGGAAAAGAUCGUGGAGAAAACAUUCACUUUGCAGGACCGUCACACUUAGCUUGCAUUGUUUGCAAAGCACAUUUUAUCGCCUUUCAUUUCUAUUUCGGGGUUGAAUUUUAGAAAUAUUCGCGAGACAUGACUACUGAGGAAAGAUCGGAUAAUUCUGGUCAUACAGAUGACAGUGGGUCUGACAGUGAUGAAGAUGUGUCUGGGGAGCAUGUCAUUUCUUCAACGGAAGAAUGUCAACCACCUUACUAUGAGCAUAUUGAAGAGAAUGAGUACUUAUUUGACAGAAAGAAGAAAGUCAACAAGGAAGUACGCAGAAUGCAGUGCGAUUGUACCUUAGAUUCUGAUGAUCCAUUUUCCAAUGGUUGUGGCGAGGACUGUCUUAACAGAUUGUUGAUGAUAGAAUGUAACAGCAGGUGUGCUUGCGGAGAGAUGUGUAGCAAUAAACGUUUUCAACAGGGCUGUAAAGUGAAAGUUGAAGUGUUUAAAACAGAGAAGAAAGGCUGGGGAUUGAGAACUCUUGAAGAUCUGGAAUCGAAUCAGUUUGUUAUGGAGUACUGUGGAGAAGUCAUGAACUACAAAGAUUUCCAGGAAAGAGCAGAGCGUUAUGAUAGAGAAAACAGAAGACACUACUACUUCAUGACAUUGAGAGCUGAUGAGCUAAUUGAUGCCACCUACAAGGGGAACUUGUCUCGGUUUAUCAACCACAGCUGUGACUCAAACUGUGAAACUCAAAAGUGGACUGUCCAUGGCUUGUUGAGGAUUGGAUUUUUUACUCAGAGACCCAUCCCAGCUGGUGCAGAGCUCACGUUUGAUUACAAACUGCAGCGCUAUGGGAAAGUUGCUCAGAUUUGCCAUUGUGAAGCACCAAAUUGUCGUGGAUUUAUCGGAGGAGACAAGCAAACACCUCUGAAGAACACAGUGGAAAGAAUAACAACCCCACCUAUCACAAGCUCACCAAGGAGGAGACGUAAAAAGCAAACAAGGAAUUUGUCAAAUGAAUUUGAUGAUAUGACGUUGGAAGAUGAGGUUGAGAAACUUCUAGGUGAUCACAGAGGGUUGGUACACAGUGACCAGGCAUUGAGGCUGUCCAGAUUGAUGGUGCGGGCAGAGACUAUGGAACAGAGGAUAAUGCUUCUGAAAAUCCUUCAGCACACCACAGACCAGUCAUGUUUAAAAGGGUUCCUCAGGUAUCAGGGGCUUUCUCUACUUUGGAGCUGGAUGGUGGACGGUGGAGGAAAGAAAAUGAAACUUCAGUUAGAGUUGCUAGAGACAUUGAAAUGCCUUCCUAUAGCAACAAAGAACCAACUUGAAGAUAGCAAGGUAAUAAAGGUGGUGAGAAAAUGGGCGUCGUCAUUCUGUCCGACUGUCGAAGCGGGGUCCAGCAGUGGACAGGAGUCACAUGGUAACAGUCCGGCAGAUUCAGAAUGUACGGCAGGAACAGAAGAUAAUGAUGACGAAAACCAGCAAUUACCAAAAUCCAUUGAUGGAGAUAAGAAAGCUAUUGGUAGCCUUGUGCUAUUUGAACGGCAAAGCUCUAUCAAGGACCAAUCAGAUGAUGAAUCUUUGGAUGCAGAAGUGGCCAGUUUUAUUGUCGACAAGACUGUAGAUAGCAGGACUAUAAAGAACAAACUGCUGCCAGAGAACUUUGAGAAAUCCCCUGAUGACCUUUCAGAGGACGACCUCAGAUCUGAGGACGAGCGAUUGCCUGAAAGCGGCAUCGGACUAAAGGCGAAUGAGCUGUUGAAGUCAUGGAGUUCACUGAAGGAAGUUUACCGAAUACCGAAGAAAACUGCAACUCCAGCCAAGCAAGACCGUGUUGCUGAGUUGUUAGUCGCAGCUAGCCCAGCAGGAAGUGGUGACGGUGAUCAUGCAAGGACUCCCAUUGAGAACAUCGGUUCUCCAGGAAAAUUAGAUGCCAUCAUGAAGAGUUUACAGGACUCCCCCAAACCCCUCUAUCCAUCUGAAUCCAGAACUCCGCCUGUUUCUCAGGGAUUCUCUACCUGUAGUGAAGACACUGAGAUGCCGCAAGACUCUUCGAGUGCUACCCCUCCGUCAAAAACUGGUGACUUCAGUGCUUUGGAAUUCGGAGAAGACGUGGAUACCCAAGCGGAUUCAACUCCUGAUAAAGGAGAAGGAACUCAUUCAAGUUCACGGGUGUCGGAUUCUGUUGAAGUUACUCAGAAACAAGAUUCGAAAUCACAGAACAUGAUGCAGACAUUCGGUUAUCAACAGCGCAUGAGCGUCAGUGUGGAGCAUGGGAUGGGCUCUUUCCAACAUAAACCCGGCCGCAGCAAAAAGAAAAAGAAAAAAUGGAAUCAAUUGCAGAACUUUUUUCAGCAACAGGGAAGAAAUCCUCAAGGAUUGGUAGAUAAAAACCCUGGGAACUUUAACGUGAAUCCUCAAGCAAACUUAAGACCUCAGCAAGGUGCGGCAACGCAGUGGAGAGGUCAGUCGCAAAAUCCCCCUGCGACUUUCCAAAUGGGAAACCAAUUCUUCUGCAGCAGCGGACCAGCAGUUGGACAAGAUCAAGGACCACGGCCACAAAGUAUAGUUUCUGGAAGUUUUGUGGGAAAUUUCUCUCAACAACCUCCACCACUACCAAACUUUAAUGUACCUCCUCCUAAUAUGUCACCUAUGGAAUUUUUUCGCAAAGUUCCACCACCUAAUAUCCGUCCGCAGACUCAUCCAAUGAUUCCUCAGCAGCUACAGCCAAAUCCGCUUAUACCGCCACCACAGCAAGUACCUCCUCCACCCCUUCAGAGUAGUCAAUCGCAGUUCUUUCCACCCAGUCAACCUACCCCCUCUUACACUCGGCUUCCUCCUCCGCCACCUUUUCAAGCCAAUGUUACGACUCCACCAACAACACAGUUUUCACACUCCAACCCUAACCCUAUUCAACAGCAAUUUCCUCAAAGCAUCCAGGCUGCUUUUCCACCACAGCAGAAUCAGUUUCAGUUUAAUACACCCCCUCCAAACCUCAACAUCGCGACCGCUCAACAGGGGAAUUCAGCUGGAAAUAUACCAGGGCCUCUGCAGCAGGUGACUGGUCCAACAGAAAGUGUACCACAACCCGAGUUGGGGUCGCUCUCUGUUCAAACUGGAGCUGUGACGACGUCGAUGUCAGAUGCCUUUGAAUGCAGAGAUGGCUUUCCUUCAGAUUCAGAACCGUGCACGCCAUCACCUGUGAAACACAAACCACCGGGGCAUCUCCCUCCACAUUGGAAAUCAGCCACCGAUAGCCAAGGAAAAGUUUACUACUAUCAUGCCCUAACAAGGAAAACCCAGUGGGAUGUUCCAAGCUGGGACAGCAGCCCUUCAUCAGAGGAAGAACACCCUUAUGUUGUCCCAGAACCUGAUCAUACAAGUAUUCCUGCUCACAGCUACGUUGAUAUGGACGAGGAUUCACCACCAAAACCAAAAAUAAAGAAAUUAGCAAAGGCUCCUACAACACCUCCGGAGACCCCCCCUGAAAGCCCGACGCUUACCUAUACCACAGCUCCAGCAGAUACCACUGCACACAGGAGGGGGGAUCACUUGCUGAGAGAUGGUACCUCAAGCAGCUCCUCGUCACACCAGAGCAAGAACAGAGAGCUUUUUAGAAUGAAGCUUUCUAAUGUGGUCGUUAACUGCCUAAAUCCUUUCUUCAAAGUUGACUGUAAAUCAGGCAGGAUCCUGAAUACUGACGAUUUCAAGUAUUUGGCAAGGAAGUUAACGCACGGAAUCCUGAAUAAGGAGAUGAGCCACUUAAAAGAAGAUGACUCAUUGCAGUGCAAUGACUCUGUCAAAAUCAAAACAAAAGAGUACAUUAAGAACUAUAUGAAAAAGUUUGGAGCUGAAUAUAAGAGAUCCUAGUUAGUAAAAGACCUUAGUUUUACUUUGUACAUAUUAUUCUUAGCCGAGGAAACAGUCUUAAAAAAUGUUUCUAAUAUUAGUUAGGGUGUUAGUUUUAGCAAGCUUUGUAAGAGCGCUUUUCAAUUGAAUGUCGCCAAUGCAAGAUCAAAGAAUUGGCCUUGUAAUCUCAACGAACGAUGAGAACAAAUUGAAAUUUCUGAAAGGAGCCAGUGGGAUCUCAAAGUAAAACAACCAAUCAGAGGAAAGCGCGGGAAAACUUACGUUGCCAAGUCGCGAGUGGUGUUUAGCCUUGGAUCUGAUUGGUGGAGAGGAUGGUGCGAGUUUUCUUGACCAAUCGCAGAGGGUAUUUAAGCAAAGGAAAGGUAGUCUAGAUUUUAUACGUUGGACACUCAAUUGGAUUUUGCUCUUAACUUUUAGUUUGAUAUAGAUUAGUUCAAGAUAGUCUUAGCUUGUAUUUAGGUGUUAUUAACAUUUCAAAUUUCGGAGAAAAAUUGUAAAUACAAAGUUUUGUCGUUUCUGUUAUUUCAUUUAUUAGGAUGUGAAAUAAUUUAUCUCCUUAAAUGCAUCCAUGUAAAAUACCUCAUUCGUUUGUUCGGACAGUUUUCUGCCGGUUGCUAUCUCUGUGCUCUUGUAAAUGUAUUGCGUUUGUUUUUGAUGUCGGUGCUGUGCGUUUUUCCUUGAAAGGUAGCGCUAACUUUGGGGAUAAGUAGAAUAGGAGCGAAUCCGACUCCUUUUCUAGUUUGUAAAUUAUUUCGCACGACUCUAUCUUUACCUUUUAAGGUUCUGCUGUCGCUGUGUUUGUCUGUCACUUUGCUGUUUGACCAUUUAAAUGAAAGCUACGGAGAAGCCCUUU